CAGAGCAAAAGAAGUCAAAACGGCAACAAAAAUAAAUAAACAGAUAGAGAAAUAAUAGGCAGAAGAAAUGAUAUAAAGAAAAUUCUCCAUAACAAGAUUUUUGGUAUUUGAGUCCAUGUGUACUUAACCAGUUGAUCAGCUGUAUACAGAUUUCGACCUUGACCUAGAUAAGAUGGAUGCUGAGAGCGGGGGGUCAGCCCUCUCUAGUCCGUCUGACGUCACGAUGUCUAACGAAGCAAGUCCACAGGCCUCCAAAAUACAGGAGAUCAAAGAGGAGGUCAUGUGUAGUUUUGAAUAUGGAAAUUUUAAGCCAGCUCAUUUCUCAUCAAGUUCAGAACCUGAGGAAAACAUGGACUUUGUCUCGCAGAGUUCCCUGAAAGUUGACCCCUCCCCAAAACAUUUCCUCAGCGACCCGGACCAUAUUACUGGACCCUGUAGCAGCAGUACUGAUGUUGUCAUAGCAACGAGCCCUAACUCAAGUAGUAUGGACUCGUGUCAGGCGAGUCCGGACUCGGCCAUGCAGAGGUCCCCCUCCUCCUCGGUGCCCCUCCUCCCUCCCUGUAGAGUCUGUGGGGAGAGGGCCUCGGGGUUCCAUUACGGCGUCAACACCUGUGAGGCCUGUAAGGGAUUUUUUCGGAGAAGUUUAAGAAGACAGACAGAGUAUAAAUGUGUGAAGAGUGACAAGAGCUGUGUUAUCGCCCCGGGAAAGAGAAAUGGCUGCCCGCUAUGUCGAUAUAAUAAAUGUCUGUCUGUGGGAAUGUCCAAGGAAGCCAUUAAGACUGGGAGGUACACUCAUCAGAAGAGGACCCAGGAUAUCCGUGAAAUCAAGCGGUUACAGAAUCAGGUGGAAGUCAAGCAGGAAGUGGUGGUUCCCGCGGAGAAACCCCCCUCACCACCGGUGGUGAACGAAGAGUUCGAGAAACUGGCAGACUUUAUCCACAGUGCUCAAAAGACAAUGUAUGGACCAGCUCUGGCCUUCUGGACCAAUCCUAAGGCCAUUUUAAAAGUGACCUCUGACUAUGCUGAGGCCUUUAAGUUGAAGUCUGAGAUGUUUGGAGGUAUGAACAACUUAUCUAAGGAGGAAUACCUCAACUUUUACCAUCAGACGGGGAUAGACGUGGACAAUCGCAUGUCACUGGUGUCAAACUUCGCUAACACCAUGGAGAGGAACAUCACCAAGUUUGUCGCCUUCACUAAAAUGAUUCCGGGAUUUAAUACACUACCUCUAGAAGACCAAGCCAGUCUGGUCAAAUCUUCGAGGUUUGAGUUUUGGAUAUUCGGCUUUUGGAAGUUUAUUGAUGUGGAGCGCAGUGUGUUAACGGGACCCGCGAUGAGGUGUUACCAUUCCACGGAGCUGUGUAACGUCUGGGAUAAAGACUUUGUGGCAGCCCUAUUUAAUUUCGCCCAGACCUUGCAUGCUCUACAGAUGACAGACAUGGAGAUUGCUUUAGUCCGCUGUAUUUGUCUAACUUACACAGAUCGGUGUGAAUUGAAAAGUCCAGAAAAGGUAGAAGAAAUCCAGUUGAAAAUGAUCAUGUGCCUUAAGUAUUUGGUGGAAAAAAAUCAUGCAAAUUCAGAACAUUUUCUGUCCCGAAUACUGGACAGGUUAGCAGCCGUCCGAAAUCUGACAGAUUGGAGCCAGAAAAUAGCACAGGAAGUCAAACUUGAUUGGCCGAUUCUACAGAAACACCCCCUCCUUCUGGAGAUGAUGUCUAUGUGACCCGUAAUAAAACUGUCUUACAGUAGCCCCAGGAAUUCAGAAAACUGUGAAGGCUGUGUAAAUAAUUCAGAGUUUGUGCUACUGUGUUCUCUCUCUGUUUUUCACCCAUUUUAAACAUUCGAUCCUGGCCACAUUUUCAUACAGUUUAUAAAAGGUUUAUUUCCAGCACAGAGGUGAGUAUUAUUCAUUACAUGCAAUGAUAGUUCAAUUCAUAGUGAUGCAUAAAUCAUUGUUUGUAAUGUGACAUGUUGUUUUCCUGUUUAAAUUAUUUCUGAAGUUUAAUACUACUUAGAGCUCAACAUGUUUAAGUUUGCUAUCAUUUCCUCAGAAUACUCCGUCACUUUGUAUGAAGAUAUUCUGUAGAAGAUUUCUUUAGUAUUGUACUGACAGGGUAAUGUUUCUAUCUUGGUAUAUACAGUGUUGAUAUUUUAUUGUUUCACUAGUUUUUAGAUGUUGCAAACUGUGAUAACAGUUUUUUUAAGGACCGUUGUUACAAAAAUGAAACUUUUUAAGUCUGAGACAAAAUUUUGUACAUUUUGUCAAUUAAAUGAGUUGAUAUAUAUUUUUCAACGUUUGGUAACUUAUUCUCCCCCUUAGAGACAAAAAAAAAUAGUCUAACAUUUAAAGAAUCAAAAGGGAGAUUAAUGUAACUGCUUAAAUUUACAGUGGUAUUGGAACUCUUCAGUGUACAGAAUACAGAGAGUCCUUAAGAAUGAGUUUAAUUUAAACUCAUUGUAGUUGUGAUUGUUGCUUAAGAAAUGCAUUAAUUAGCUUUAAAUCAAACUUGUUUGUAGAUUACAUACACAUUUUUAUCUUAGAUGCAGAUUUUAUUGAGCCUUCCUCGUUAGAUAUACAUACAUGUAUUCUCAAGAAAUAUUUCUGUUUUGUUUCUGAAAGUAUAUUGUAUUAUCUAUGAAUAAUUGUUUACUUAAAAAAGAAUAUAAGAGCUGUUGUAUGAAGGGAUAGAUAUUACCAGAGAUAAGAUAGAUACAUGCCUUUUGCUACAGAUAUUUUACAGAGCUAGCUUAAUUUUUGAAGCUGCAGUGUACAUUUAUUGUGUUCUUUGAUGGAUGUGCGAGUGAAAGUGAAAUGCUGGCCGUUUUUUUUCCCUAUAGUAUCUCAUGAAAUAUGCAAGUUCACUUUAUUUGCAUUCAAGUUUCAGUUUAAAUUUCAACUGGAGUUUUAAUCAGCUUUACUUAACUUAUGGCGUUGUUCUGCAGAAAAUGAAUUACAUUUAUAAUCAACGUAUUGCUUCUCUCUCAACGUGAAGAUAUAUUUUCUGUAGUAUAUGGAUUUUCAUUGUUCAGAUGUCAAAUACCACAAGGUGAUCACAAUUUAUAAGAAAAAAGACAAGUUCCGUAUGAUAAAAUGUAUGUAUAGAGCUUAUAUUUGAUAGUUAACAAAAAGUGUUACGUUGGUGAGCAUGCUGUGAUAAUCUUCUUAUGGGUGAUGAGAGAAAUUUGUUGUCACUUUUCACUUUACUAUAAUCAUGUGUUUUAUUGUAUAUAUGUUUCCCCCUCCCCCAAACAGAAUAAUGAAUAAUGAGUGGGUGUAUCACAUACACAAGAUACACAGGUAUCGUAAUGAUUCAUGGCUACUGUGUAGUGGUUAACAAAUUAAUCAAUUCUUUUGAUUACUGUAGACGGACUUUUUUCCACAGGGUCAUACCAGUAAUUCCACGGGUAAUUCCACGGAAUCUCAAUUUUUGUUUAAUCCGCGGGUAGAAAAUUAUGCGGAUUUCUUAGAUUGUCACUAUAUGCCUUACAUUUACAUUAUGUACGCUUGAACAAAUUUACGCGGAAAAUUUGUGACCGCGUACAUAGCGUAAAUUAAUACCACGUGGAAAAAUGUACUUCUACAGUAUCUAAAUACACAAUUUACCAUGAUUAUGUUCAAAUUUGAAGAAAUCUUUCACAGAUGUUUUAAUUAAGUCAAACUGAAUUCAAUUUCUUGUCCAUUGUAAAACUGUGGUCUGGUUAUUAAAGAUUUCAAAACAUGA